AUGCCUAACGGGACAUUCUUCCAGUCUGCUUCCCUCCCGACACCGCCACCCACUCAGCAAGCCAGCCCGCCUUAUUCCUCCGACAACAUUGCGGCGGCAGUAUCUUCUGCCUCUGACUAUGCCGGCCCGAACGACGCGACUGCGAGACUUACCGAGGCCAUUGAUGACUUCCUGGGAGACCUGGAGAAGAAGUUCAAAGGGAUCAGCGAUGAGAUAUUGACCAAGCUGGACGACAUGGCAGAGCGCUGUGAUCGCCUCGAGCAAGAGAUUUUGCUGAAAGAUGCUAGUGCGAUGGACAACACGGGAAAGAACUCGGCGGGUUCAAACGCCGGCUCAUCAUGA